UCGCUGUCCCGCAGCUUGUUGGCGCAUUAUCUUCUCACGAGACGAGACUGCUUAGAAGUAUAUGACUGUACUGGUGCCAGGUGAGGUACCGAUUCGAGCAGCAGGCAGUCCGGUCAGCGCCCCGCGAGCUGUUUCACACAUGAUGGUUGUAAACACGCCGCAACCUCGGUGGCUUCAAUGCGCCGCUAUUCUGCCGCCACCUUCCGCUUACGGUAUCUGACGCAACGACCAUUCAGAAUUAAUCUUUUGGAGCUUUCCCUUGGAGCUUUCUCAUAAGCACAGACCAGCCAAUCUGGACACUUUGACUGCAUGAACAUAUCAUAGGUGCUGUGAACAUUAUGUGGACAUCUCGGGGACGGCAAUCGGCGACAAGCCUCGCCGUUCAAGCGUCUCGUCGCCUGGCAAGGGACAGUCGAGCUGCUGGAGCUCCUUGGCGGCGGUUUUAUGCCAGCAGUGGCAACAACCAGGGAUCUUCCUCCCACUGGUUUCGGAACUCGCUGGGGGUGGCAACCUUAGGUACUGCUGGGUACCUGGGCUAUGAGUACGCCACGUCUAAGGGCAAUGAACUCGAGACCCCAGUAGAACAAGUGAAGGAUCUCACAAACGCCACCCAAGACUUCGGCUCGCAAUUUGCGCAGAAGAAACGGAGUGUGAAGAGUCCCGGGGUCUAUAUCUGGGGCAACAAUGCCUACAAAGUAGUCGAUCCGGGAUCGAAAGACUCGGUGGUGAAGACUCCGCGGAAGCUUUCUUAUUUCGACGGCCAGGUCCUCAGAGACCUCAAGCUUGGCGAGACGUCCGGCGCGGCCAUCACUGAGACUGGCGAUUUGGUGCAAUGGGGCAAGGGCUUUUCAGAGACCGACUUCAAGCCUACGACGACCCUGACUGGCAAGAACCUUACCUCGCUUUGCAUGUCCAAUGAUCGCCUCAUCACCUUAUCGUCGGAUGGCACUGUCUAUUCGAUCCCGAUUGCCAAGGAAGACCAACUAGGAGGCCACAAGCCCAGUGAGGGUUCCUGGGUGCCUUUCUGGUCUGGAUCGGCUAGUAGGAGCUAUCGCAAGCUGCAACCCAGCUUGAGGAUGGGUGAACGGGUCACCGCUGUUACCGGCGGAAUCGACCAUGCUCUGCUUCUUACUAGCUCGGGCCGCGUCUUCUCAGUUGCAUCUUCGUCGGAAAACUAUCCAUCCUUCGGUCAACUUGGUGUACCUGGGUUGAAGUGGGCGAAUCGGCCUAAGGGGCCGGUGGAUAUGUGCCACGAGGUCAGCGCUCUAAAGGGAUCCAAGAUCAUCCAGGUAGCGGCCGGCGACUAUCACUCGAUGGCCCUCGACGACCACGGCAAUGUGUAUGCCUUCGGUGAUAACUCCUUCGGUCAGUUGGGAAUGGAAUUCGACCCGUCAUUCCCGUACUGCGAUGCACCCAUCAUGGUGCCGAUCAGGAGACUAUACCGGGGCCCAUACCUCCCCAAGGCAACUCGGAUUGCGGCCGGUGGCGCCAAUAGCUUCAUCGCUGUGGACGCACAGCGCGUAUUGGGUUCAGAUGAGAACCCUUCCACAGUUCGCGACCUGGGCCGUGUUACAGUGGAUGUCUGGACGUGUGGACGGGGCAUUUGGGGUGCCCUGGGUAACGGUAAAUGGACUCAUAUCCAGGACUCCCUUACGAAGGUGAAGCCCCUGAGUGGGCUGUUCGAAUACGAUGAGCGUUUGAAGGGACUCACCCCCAUCCGCAUGCGGGAUAUCUCCGUAGGUACGACACAUGUCUCGGCGGUGAUGGACAACAACACGCAGAUGGACACAGCUCCUACGGAUUCCUUGGAUGAAACAAAUGCCUGGGGCUACGAUGUUCUUUGGUGGGGAGGCAACGAGCACUUCCAACUCGGCACCGGCAGGCGUAGCAACUCGUCCAAGCCGAUCUAUAUCAAAGCACCUGCUGAGAGCAAGAAAGAAGCUGAGAAGCAGGAUGCACGGCUUCAGAUCAUGCCUCGUCACAAGAGCAAGGUCGGCCGUCGCACGGUGAACAUGGAACAACGGGUGGAGUGCGGACGACACAUCUCGGCGAUCUAUUCUGGGGUAUAAUUUAUUGUUUCGUUGCACUAUGUGAAAAUAACCAC